AUGUCCUCUUCAAUACAGGGCUCUCUGCGUCUACAAACAACCAGCCACAACGACGUAGAGAGCACCAAGACCAAAGCCAUAUCAACUGUCAACAUCAUAAAUGGUAAUCAAGAAAGGACACCAAAGUCUGAGUCAGUAGAGGCCCCUGUCAGGUUGCAAGCUGUCAAGUCCCCCGUCAGACUGCCAACCUCCAGCUGCCUUGAUGGUCUCCAAAGCCAUGACCUUUCCGAUACGGAGAUCGCAAACAGACUAGACUGGUGUGUGCACGAAUCCACAGCGGGUAAGCGUGUGGGCGAUUUGUCUCGAACUGUUCUGCAACUUACGGGCAUGUGGCCAUGGGACUUUGCCGCCGGUUUCUUACCCAAAAAAUGGGAUAUCAAAAUCUUGGAGGAUAUCAGACGGCUGUUGAGAAGCGUCUGUAAAAGCGCUGGAAUUGACGGUCCUGGACCUCAUACCAAAAUUGUGCAAAACUUCCUUCUAGGGUGCGCAAAGAAGCGUGAUUCGCGAUGCCUGCAUCUUCAACAUAGCGACGUACUGAAUGCCAUCAGCCACUUCAGCGCAGACUUUUACACGAAAAGGGGAGCAACAAAACCCAUCCAUACUCCUCCUGUCCAGCGUCAGGCCGAGCAAAUAAUAGUGCAGGGGUCUGAUGAGGAAAGCGGUAGUGAUGAGAGUGAUGAUGAUCAAAACGAAGCUAUUGAGAUACCCGAUUCACAAAAUGAAGGGGAAGAUUGGACCGGCCACGACUUUGAUGACAGUAUUGGCCCAACAGAUCAAAAUGAGACGGCCACUGUGACGGUGAAACGUUCCAGGUCACCCUCGUUGACUACUUUACUGGAGAAGCGUCCACGGACAACGGGUCCAAGCCAUCCAUACCACGAUACCAAUGCUACGAUACUUCAAGACCCAACACCGCCAAGCAAUCUAUGCGAUAAUAGAAAUGCCACAGUGGUCCAAAAUGCGGCUUUCCAAAGUAGCACAAUACCAGCACGGCGCUCAAAGACCAUUGUGAAUCUUGUUGAUGAGUUUGAAGUGAUUGAAGUGGAAAAGCGGAAAGAGCUCGAUAUCGUCACUCAUUCACUUCACGAAGUCAGGACCUCGAUCGAAGAUAGCGAGGCCAAUGAAGAAAAACUAGGCAGCGAGAAAGUUCAAAAAUUAUGCGCAGACGUCAAGGCGUACGAAAUAGAAAGGGAGAAGAUAAUAAAAGGCAUGCGCUUCGUCGAGGAGCACCGCGAGGAUAUGGCCAUGAGUGCCAACGACCUCGAAAAAGCAAUGCACAAGUACAAAACAAGACUUGAAGAGUGCGACCGCUUGAUCGCCCAGGCUGACUCGGACGUGCUGGAGGAGCUAGAAGUUAUUGCGCAAAACGACUUUAACCGACGGGCUGAAGAGCAGCGGUUGAAGUCUCGCGGGCAAGAGCUCCUCCAGGAGGUGCAGUAUUCCGCCGCUGUGAAAACGUUGAUGAAACUGGGGCCGUCUGGAAUGGCAACCCUACUAGCCAAACUGGAGACAAAGAAUGUGUCCCUGAUUGCUAUGGCUGAGGAAGUCAUGAUAGAGCGUGCUGUUUCGUCUCUGGAUAGGAUCUUUAGGAAUAACGAACCACGACAGUAG